AAAGGCACGAGGGCGGAAGGGGAAAAACUUUAUUAUUUUUUUCUUAUUCUCUUCUGGGGCUGAAGUGAAGGGCAGGCCACUGCGCCAGCGGGGAGAGAGCCGAGCGCGACACCAGCCCGCUGCGCGCGGAGGAGCUGGGCCCCGGAGGCCCGAAGGGGCUCCCGGCAUGUGGGACCCACAGGACUUUGAGCGCCACUGGCAGGCCGAGUUCCCUGGGGAGGAGGCGCCCAUCAUGCAGCUGGCCUCGGUGCUGGACAUGGAGCGCGAGCUGGAGCGCAGCAAACUCAACCUGAAGUGGCUGCAACAGGUGCUGGCUGAGGAAAAGUUCAAAGUCGUCUACCUGCAGGCGGCCCUGGAGAAGCGGGACCUCGGCUGCGGGCGCCUGGAGGGCGGAGACGGGGACAGCAGGGGGGCCUCGGCUGAGGAGCCGGCCGGGCCGGAGAGGGAGCCGGCACCGCGCGAGGAGGAGGGCGCAGCGGGCGGCGGCGGAGAGCCCCCGGGCCCCUCGCUCCCCUCCACGGAGGUGGCCGCGAAGGCCGAGAGUCCCCCCUACCUGUGCCGGGACCUUCCCACCUGGCCCAGGGUGGCGGGGGCUGGGGGCGCGGUUCGCAGCUUGACCGCCGCCAUCCACCAGCAGCUACUGCAGCCUCGCCUCCUCUUCAGGCCCGGGGAGGACUGCGCGCCCCCCGGCCACGAUGGCACAGUUCCCAGCGCCCCGGGAGAGGAGCGGUCCGCCCGGACCCGCGCGGGGCGGGGCUCGGAGGAGGACGAGCUGGACGCCUCGGGCGCGGACGAUGGGGGCGACAGCAGUGACCACGACUUCGAGAUGGUGGAUUUGAACGAGAAAUUCACCCUCAGCCAGUUGCUCGUGACCCCUUGCCGGCCCGGGACCUGCGAUGAGGCGGAAAAGCCAGCGCGGGCGUACAGUUCCCAUCGCUGGAUGCACCUGAUCCUCGGGAGCCGGCGGCAUCUGCGCGGGAGCCGCGACUUGGAGCAGCUAGAGGCAGAGGCCAAGGACGGGCGGGGCUCGCCCCCGGCGGCAGAGGAGCUCCCCCAGCGUAGGGCUCGCGAGCCCCUCCCACCGUGGCGGCGCAAGAGGUUCCUGGGGCUGCCCGAGCGGAACUCGCCCAGCCACAGCUCGCCCGAGAGGGGCAGUGACUGCAGCCACAACAGCUCCGACCACGAGGAUGGCUCCUUUGCAGACUUCAGCUACGGGGCAGACGACUACGACGGAGAGGGGAAUGAAGAGCAGAAGGGGCCCCCGGAGGGCUCGGAGACCAUGCCGUACAUCGAUGAGUCGCCCACCAUGUCGCCCCAGCUCAGUGCCCGGAACCAGGGCGGCGGGGACAGCAUCUCCCCCACCCCACCAGAGGGGCUGGCACCUGGGGUGGAAGCAGGGAAAGGCCUGGAGAUGAGGAAGCUGGUUCUCUCGGGGUUCCUGGCCAGCGAAGAGAUCUAUAUUAACCAGCUGGAAGCUCUGUUGCUGCCCAUGAAACCCCUGAAGGCCACUGCCACCACCUCCCAGCCCGUGCUCACCAUCCAACAGAUCGAGACCAUCUUCUACAAGAUCCAGGACAUUUACGAGAUCCACAAGGAGUUCUAUGACAACCUCUGCCCCAAGGUGCAGCAGUGGGACAGCCAGGUCACCAUGGGCCACCUCUUCCAGAAGCUGGCCAGCCAGCUUGGCGUGUACAAAGCAUUUGUGGAUAACUAUAAAGUCGCUCUGGAGACAGCUGAGAAGUGCAGCCAGUCCAACAACCAAUUCCAGAAGAUCUCUGAGGAACUGAAAGUGAAAGGUCCCAAGGACUCCAAGGACAGCCACACGUCAGUCACUAUGGAAGCUCUGCUCUACAAGCCCAUUGACCGAGUAACCAGGAGCACCCUUGUCCUACAUGACCUGCUGAAGCACACACCUGUGGACCACCCAGACUACCCGCUGCUACAGGAUGCCCUCCGCAUCUCCCAGAAUUUCCUGUCCAGCAUCAAUGAGGACAUUGACCCCCGCCGGACUGCAGUCACAACCCCCAAGGGGGAGACGCGGCAGCUGGUGAAGGACGGCUUCCUGGUGGAAGUGUCGGAGGGCUCCCGGAAGCUGCGGCAUGUCUUCCUCUUCACAGACGUCCUACUGUGCGCCAAGCUAAAGAAGACAUCGGCGGGGAAGCACCAGCAAUAUGACUGCAAAUGGUACAUCCCCCUGGCUGACCUAGUGUUUCCAUCCCCUGAGGAGUCUGAGGCCAGUCCCCAGGUGCACCCCUUCCCAGACCACGAGCUGGAGGACAUGAAAAUGAAGAUCUCUGCCCUUAAGAGUGAAAUCCAGAAGGAGAAAGCCAACAAAGGACAGAGCCGGGCCAUCGAGCGCCUGAAAAAGAAGAUGUUUGAGAAUGAGUUCUUGCUGCUGCUCAAUUCCCCCACAAUCCCAUUUCGGAUCCACAAUAGGAAUGGAAAGAGCUACCUGUUCCUACUGUCCUCAGACUAUGAGAGGUCAGAGUGGAGAGAAGCAAUUCAGAAACUACAGAAGAAAGAUCUCCAGGCCUUUGUCCUGAGCUCAGUGGAGCUCCAGGUGCUCACGGGAUCCUGUUUCAAACUUAGGACUGUACACAACAUUCCUGUCACCAGCAAUAAAGACGACGACGAGUCUCCAGGACUCUAUGGCUUCCUCCAUGUCAUCGUCCACUCUGCCAAGGGGUUUAAACAGUCAGCCAACCUGUACUGUACCCUGGAGGUGGAUUCCUUUGGCUACUUUGUCAGCAAAGCCAAAACCAGGGUGUUCCGGGACACAACAGAGCCCAAGUGGGACGAGGAGUUCGAGAUUGAGCUGGAGGGGUCUCAGUCCCUGAGGAUCCUGUGCUACGAGAAGUGCUAUGACAAGACCAAGGUCAACAAGGACAACAACGAGAUCGUGGACAAGAUCAUGGGCAAAGGGCAGAUCCAGCUGGAUCCACAAACUGUAGAAACGAAGAACUGGCACACAGAUGUGAUUGAGAUGAAUGGGAUCAAAGUGGAAUUCUCCAUGAAAUUCACCAGCCGAGACAUGAGCCUGAAGAGGACCCCGUCCAAAAAGCAGACCGGCGUCUUCGGUGUGAAGAUCAGCGUGGUGACCAAGCGGGAGCGCUCCAAGGUGCCCUACAUCGUCCGGCAGUGUGUGGAGGAGGUGGAGAAGCGGGGCAUCGAGGAGGUUGGCAUCUACCGGAUAUCAGGGGUGGCCACAGACAUCCAGGCACUGAAGGCCGUCUUUGAUGCCAAUAACAAGGACAUCCUGCUGAUGCUGAGUGACAUGGACAUCAACGCCAUCGCUGGCACCCUCAAGCUAUACUUCCGGGAGCUGCCCGAGCCCCUCCUCACAGACCGACUUUACCCAGCCUUCAUGGAGGGCAUCGCCCUGUCAGACCCUGCUGCCAAGGAAAACUGCAUGAUGCACCUGCUCCGCUCCCUGCCAGACCCCAACCUCAUCACCUUCCUCUUCCUGCUGGAACACUUGAAAAGGGUUGCUGAGAAGGAGCCCGUCAAUAAGAUGUCCCUUCACAACCUGGCUACUGUGUUUGGCCCCACGUUACUGAGACCCUCAGAAGUGGAAAGCAAAGCACACCUCACGUCGGCUGCCGACAUCUGGUCCCACGAUGUCAUGGCACAGGUCCAGGUCCUCCUCUACUACCUGCAGCACCCCCCCAUUUCCUUCGCAGAACUGAAGCGGAACACACUGUACUUCUCCACCGAUGUGUAGCCCGAGGUGGGAGCGUCUGGGGGGGGUGGCCCGAGCCAGCCUCUCCAGCCGGGGACCCAACCCAGACUUGAAGGACUACAAUAGAGAACUCCCAAACCCAGCGCUCCAGACUCCAAGGGACACAGAUUUCCAAGAACUGGAAGACGUGCAUCUUUUGUGCCACCUUGUACAAAGCCAGCUGACCCGGCCCCAGCCUUGCUGCGCACCCCGGGCUCUGCCCUCUGUUCCUCUAGUUGUGUCUAAUGCUCCGUGCUGUUCGGGAAUUGUUUUACGUCUACUUGUCAUGCAGGAAAGGUAGUGACCGACCCGGUGUGGGCACACAGACAGCCUGCUUUGUUCUUUCAUUUCCUCCAACACUUUCUUUCCUCCUGAGUCCAGUCCAAGGGCUUUUAUUUUGCGCUCUGUGACUGCUGCCAGCUUCUCCUCUCUUGGCCCUGCUCCCAGAUCGCAGUCUCCUGGCAGCCUCCCCUCGGUCUUCCUCCGCCCUCUCCUCCCUCCCAGCCUGCCUGCAUGCAUGUGCAGCCUUGGUUUUUGAUCCAGCGCCUCGAAAGCUCUGAGGAGGCCCUGGGCGGCGGUGGCAGUGGUGGCCCGUGCCAUGCCGCCGCCUGCCGCCCCCGGCCUCUCCUUGCCCUCUGCCUGCGGAAGCGCACCUGCUUGCCUUGCCGCCUGUGCAAAUGUUGGACAAGGAGACGGACUCACACUAAUCCUCAGCUUAGCACAGGCUGGAGAGCGGAUUUCUGGGAUUUUUCCACCUGAGAAUCUCCAUUUCUGGGUUUAUCUGUUCUGUCUCCAGUACCAGUGAGGCAUCUUUGACUGUUUCUUCUGCUUUUCAGUUCCUUUUCCGUUGGUGUUCUAUUUCCUUUGAGUAUAAAGACUCACAAGUGACCUGCUAUCAAGGUAGCCAGAGGGUCAGGAAAAGAACUGGGGGAGGUGGGAGGGUCAGGCCGCCGAGGAAAAAGGACAGGUGGGACGUUGAGAGGAGCGCCAGGGAGCGCUGGGUGUCCUGGGCUGGGGGGAAAGAGGCUCUCGGCAGCAAGCAGUUGUGGUGGCUUUUCUCGUGGAGCUGGGCUUCUGGGAGGGCAGCUACUAUGGCUGAAGCAGGUGUCCAGAAACAGGCAGGUUCUGUCCAGGAGGGCUAGACCUUCCCGGUGCCUUCCGUACCUCGUGGCACCUUUGCCUUAGGGUUUACACUUUCUCCACAGCCAAGCACUGCCAGGGGCAGCCCCCACGGCCACGUGUGCUCCAGGCCCUGGGAAAGGCAGGCACGGUCCAGCUAGCCAGCCGUCAUGGUGCUGCCUUCCACCCCCGGCUUCUAGAUGCAGCCUUGCGGGUGAACUCGGGGAAACUCCAGGAGCUGGGGAAGAAUGAGGAGACACAGGUACCUGCCUCUCUUGGGACUGGGUUUUGCAGGGGACCCUCGUGUGGACGCUCUGCUCCAGAGUAGGGGAUCAGCAGGUUCCGAUCCCAACGCCGAGGCCCGCUGCUCAGCACUGGAAAGGAGUGAGAAGUACCCGCAAAGUGCAAUUUCUUCCCACCUGAGCAGCGGCCGCCGGCCUCUGGCAGUUAGCCUGGGAGGGCAGGCACUCCCGGGCUGCAGAGAUUGGAGCUGCAGUACACAGCUCCCUGGCUCUCCUAUGUGGCGGAGACUAGAUUCUAGGCCCUCAGGAUUGGAGAGAAGAGCUCCCCUAGCUUGAGCUCAGGGCUGUUUUAAAGAAGGGUUUAGGGCCCUAAAGCCGUAGCACUUGCUCAGUGAGAGGAAGGGCCCUUUCUCAUCUUGUUUACACCUGUUGCCCAAUCAUGGGCAGAACGGUACACAUUCUGUGCACAUCGGAGGAAAGAGAUGCCUAAGAGGAGGGAAAUACUGACCCCCUAGCUGCCUGCUAGCAGCUUAGCAAGGAGCCCCGCUCCCUGAGACGGGGGAGAGAAAGAAGGCCGCUUGAGUCUAAAGAUCCCCAGUGUCUGAUCAUCCCUGGAGUCUGCUCGGCACUCAGGAGCUGGUAUGUGGCAUGGAAGGCUCUUGCUUCCACAGCCAUUGACUGGAAUGAACUGGGGGCCCAGCUAGAGCUAUUUACAGCCCCAAAUGGGUGCCUCCCACCUCCCCAAAACAAGGGAGGUUUGCUUCUCAGCAUCAGGUAGCUACCGCAGCCCCCCAACCUCAGUUAGGCAAUGAGAAUGGGAGGAAGGCCGGAAGGGCUGAGAAAUGCAAAAGGCUCAGAAUAUUUAUAAAUUCCACCCCCAAGAAUGGGGAGGGUCGGGUACCAGACCUGGACUGAGCUGCACCAAGGAAAUAGCCCAUGGGUUCUCCUACGAGACAGGGACUGUGCAGCCCAGAAGCCCCAGCCACUGUGCCCAGCAGGGCAGGCUGUGCCAACAGAGGCCCAUCAGACAGGCUACAGGAAUCCUGCAUGCCUGUCCUUGCUGGCAACGGCUGUGGGCUGCCGGUGUUUGCUGAUACAGGUAGGAUGGGACACUUCAUUAAUAUUUGACUUUAAUAAGUUGGUAAGGAUAUAUUUUUCUUUGGUCUAUGUUCUGUUUCAACUUACGUAGAUUAUAAAUUGAUGUAAACCACGUGAGAGGAAAAUGUUAAUAAAAAAAAAUGCAAAGCCCCAA